AUGGCCGAAGCGCUCAUCAACGACUACCUCCGGAGCAAGGGCUUCGAGCCCAAUGAGUUGUCUCUCUCUGUGGGAGAGGAGAUCCGCAUCGCCCCCUGCGCCUACCCAUCACCACCACGGCUGUACGAUCCGGAAGACCCCUUCGCCGACAUUGUCGGCCUCACCCCGCGCAAGGCACCAAGGCCUCCACCAAAGUUCUGCUUGCCGAGCGCGGCCGAAACGCCCGCUCGAGCACCACAGACCGCGUCGGACGUGUUUGCACCACCACCACGCGCGCCCACUCCACCACCUCCACCACCGCCGCCGGCCAUGCAAUCAAGGCUGCAGCCAUUCGCGCUGGCAGACCGCAGCAGAAGAAGGCCAAAACUGACGGACCCAUACCCGGAGCUCGAAGGGCUACUACACCACCUCCCACAAUCAGCACGCGAGAUGCCAGCACCAGCACCGCAACCAGCACCACAGCCGCCAGUCGUCACCAAGAGACGAGAGCGCAAGAUUGAUAUCCUCAUACGCCAGAAGAUCGAAGACGAGGUCAAGGAGGGCAGAGUCCCAAUCAUCACGCCAUGCUACAACAACCUGGACGACCCGGCGCGUCCCAUGCCUCAAUACCUCAAGGAGCGUCUCGAAGGCACAUCAGCAGCACAGCCGACACGAAAACACGCCAAGCAACCAACACGCGACGCGCCGAAGAACUUCAUGCUCCCACCCAUGACAGACGUGACGGAUCGAGUCAACAACCGGUCGACAGUCCAGACGUCUCACACCGACGCGAAACCCAUUGUCAACGACGCACGAAAGCGUGUCAGACGACCUAGAUCGCGCCCGGACACUUCGUAUCUCACAAGGCCUCAAGAGAGCGCCACAGUCACAUCAGCACCACAGCACCCACGCUCAGCACUCGAAGAUAUCAUCCGCGACGCGCCUAACGAUGUGAUUGGUGAAGAAACAUACGCCUCCCUCAGAGGUAUGGCGGAGGUAGACAAAGAUCACCUUGAGGAGAAGCCAGAAGAGCACUCCAUUGACAGAAAAGACGACAUCCUCGAAGAGGAGAAGUCGCAUCAUCUCAGCGAAGAUGAGGAACAUGACCUGACCCAAAUGGAAAAGGAUCAACGACAGGAAGACCUCGCAUUAGAGGCCCUGAACAAGCGGCUGAACAUCACACACACCACUGUACAGGACGCCAACCGUGGCUUGCGCCGACUCUCGAACCAGAUGAAUGUUGCUAAGGACAUCAAGCCGCUGCUGGAAGAAUCUCGAGCAGAACCACCACGAAGCAUUGCAUCUCAGCAUACAGAGCAACCUCAGAUCAUCGCGACCCAGACUCAUGUCUGCUGCGACUGCCACAAACAUCAUCAAUCCGUCUGGGGACAACUUUGGACAGAAUUCUCAAGCAAUUUCUACACGUACGACGCGACACGGAAUUUCUAUCACAACAUCACUUGGCUUGGUUGGACUGUCAUCCUUUGGAUAAUCUGGUUCAUGACCGAGAUGGCACUCUAUCCAUAUUACGCCAACGAGCUCUUUGGACCAUUGUUCCCGUUCGUGACGAUGAACGUCUGUCUUCGACCAUUCAUGCCUAUUCUUGUACCAACAUUCCGAUUCUUAUCAUGGGCUAUUGGCACGCUAUUCAACAUUGCUUUCGGGGAGACAGCUACUAGUAAUGGCCGAGCACCACCGGGCAGAGUCACAAAUCGAGUAUUACAUACAGCAGCGAGCAUACCUGCAACGACGGCGAGCAUCACUAAGGAUAUCGUGUACAGCACAUGGGAGGCAGUGAACGAGCUGAACGAGCAUAUGGGCAUGGGCUAUGAUGAUUAUCUUUGA